AAUAUGGCGGAAAGAGUACGUUAGCAGGUUUUAGAUCGUGUUUUCUCGCAUUGUGAUUUUUUGAAUUAUUGAUAAUUGUUUAAUAGUGAUACAUAUUUAUCCUAUUUCACUUUCAUAAUUACGUUGAAUCCAAAACGCUAAUAUGGGAUCUAAUAAACGUCAUAAAACCGAGAAAUCUCGUGAUGCUAAGAAGAAGCGUCACCGCAGUCGCUCUAGAAGCUACACACCCGAUCGUGAGAAAUCGGAAAAGCACAGGCACCACAAAAAACACAGGAGGAAAGAGCGCAAGGAUUAUGACAGCGAUGUUGAAAUUGUUAAUGCUCCACCACCACCAAAAAUAUCAAAAUCAUCGCACCCAUCGACGCCUCCACCACCUGAAAUUUCCAAACAGCGUAGUCCUUCUCCCAUUAAAGGUGGUGCAGCACAAACCUCUUUAUCUAUCGAGGAGACCAAUAAACUUCGUGCAAAAUUAGGCUUGAAACCAUUGGAAGUCGAUAAUACAUCUAAAGAUGAUCCUAAUAAAAUCAAGGAUGAUUUAGGAGAGUUUUAUCACAAGCCUGCGCCAAAUAAUAAUGAAAAAAUAAGAGCAGAGAAACUGAGAGAAAAAUUAGGUACUCAAAAGCAAAAACGACAAAUUGAAGCAAAUUUGUCAAAAAUGAAAUCCUUGGGUGAAUGUGAUUCUGACGAUGAUACUCAUACAUGGAUUACUAAGUCCAGGCAACUGGAAGAAGAGAAGAAGAAAGCAGAGGAGAGAGCAAAAAUGUUAGAUCAAUUGGAUGAGGAAUUUGGCAUUGGUAACUUAGUCAAGGAAGAAAUACAUACUGCUCGUAACACAGCAUAUACAGAGAAAAAUCUGAAGGGUCUUAAAGUUGAACACAAUAUUAGCACAUUUGAGGAAGGCAAAACUGUGAUUCUAACAUUGAAAGAUCAAGAAGUAUUGGAUGAAAAUGAUGAUCUACUAGUAAACGUGAAUAUGAUUGAUAACGAACGCUACAAACGUAGUAUUUUGAAUAAAACUAAGAAAUCUACGUAUGAUCCGUACGAUGAUGAGAAUUUCGAUGAAUAUGGAUUUCCUAAAAGUAAGAUUCUAGAAAAAUACGAUGAAGAAAUCGAUGGCGAGAAAAAGGAUAAUUUUGUACUGGGUACUAAUAACACGGUAGAAUUGAAACGACGUCAAAUAGAAACUGUGAAGCAACGUUUAGCAAAUAAAAAGCUAGAAACCUUGCAAAUGGCCGAACCGAAAUUAGCGAGUGAAUAUUACAAUGAAGAAGAGCUGGCAAAGUUUAAGAAACCAAAAAAGAAGAUUCGCAAAAUUAGAACAAAGAAGAAGUUGAGGGCUGAUGAUUUAGUUCCUAUUGACAAUGACUAUCUUCGAGACCUUGGAAGUAGGAGAAGGAAAAAACCAGAAGACUCUAAGGAUAAUGAUGCUUUAGAUAGUGAUGAUUUAGAAGCUCCUACUGAGGAUCUUACCGGAAUAAAACUUGAAGAAGAUGAUAAGGAACUGGAACUACAAUUGGCUUUAAAGAAAGCUCAACGUUUGAAGGAAGGACAUCCCAGUGGCAUCCAAAAAACUGUUGAAACAAUAAAACAAGAGAUUCUGAAUUCGGAGGAGAAUCAACCUGGCAAUAUUGUUCUUAAUGCAACUGCAGAGUUUUGUAGAACCUUAGGAGACAUACCCACAUAUGGACUUGCUGGAAACAGAGAAGAAAAUGGACAAGAACUUAUGGAUUUCGAAAUGGAUGGAAUUAAAGAUGAGCCACCUGUGAACGAAGACGAAGAUGAUGGCCGUGGUGCUUGGAACACAGUGCAUUUAGAUGAGAACACUUCGGAACCAGUUGUGAUGGAAGCUGCAAUUUUGGAUGCAGAGCCCUCACUUGGGCAUGGAGUAGGUGGAGCUUUAAAAUUAGCAAUGAGUAAAGGAUACUUGCAAAAAGAAGACAGCAAUCGGCCAUCGGCAUCACGAUUUGCACAUUUGCAAGCUCAAAAUUAUUCGAUAGAGGAUAAAACAUACGGAGAUGACGACAAAUUUGGCAGAAGAGACCGUUUCAACGGACCAACGUCCGAUUUUAAAGAGAAGGAUGGUUUUAAGCCGAACGUUAAGCUUGAAUACAUUGACGAUGACGGUCACGUUUUGAGCGCCAAGGAAGCUUUCCGAUAUCUAUCGCAUAAGUUUCAUGGGAAAGGACCAGGAAAAAAUAAGGUGGAAAAGAGGAUGAAAAAAGCUGAACAAGAAGUUCUUAUGAAGAGAAUGUCUUCAACGGAUACUCCUUUAGGUACGUUGAAUUUAUUGCAAGCCAAACAAAAGGAAACCCAAUCACCAUAUAUAGUGCUCAGUGGCAGUAAACAGAUGCAAACGACAAGUAUAUCCAAGACGAAACAUUAAGAAAUGCAAACAUAAAGGAUAGAAAUUGUAUAUAAUCUUAUAUAUGUAUAAUGUAGCAUCUAAAAAUAUAAUAAAAUUCAUAACCUCGUGAAACAGAAUUGCAAACUAAAGGAUUAAAAGAACAGAAAUUUUCUUUUAAUGUUGGGAAUUUAUGGAUAUGGUAAUAAGCAAAUAUUCAAAUAACUCAUUGUUCCGAUUCAAUUAGUUUUGCAUCUGCGCAUCUUACCUGGGUUUGUGAUGCAGCAUCCAAAGACAUAAAAGUGAAAGUAAUAAUUUUAUAGAUCACUGCUUUAUGCAAUAAAGCAAAUUUCACAAACAUAUUUCUUGAAACAUCAUGGGAAUGAAAUGAUUACCUUCUCUCUGUAUGUCACUUUUUUAAUAUUAAUAUAUACUUACAUACCUCACAAAAUAAUCUUAUUUUCAUUGGAUAUAUCCAUUACAUCCCUAUGUAUCACCAACGAGGUCGACAAAUAAACAAAAAAAAUUAUAAAAAUCUAUUAAAUAUUUCUCUUAGUACUCUAAUAUAAAAUAUAGUUUGUUCUAAUAAUAUAUCUGUGACAACGACAAACAAUGAGACGUAGAGAAUCCUUAUUUUUAUCGUGAAAUCGACUAUAUUUGCAUUAUUAUAAAUGAUACCUGGCUACAA